AGAUAGAUAUUCGCUGCAUUUCCUUUUCUUCUGUUUAGGAAAAUUAAAAAAUAAAAAUAAAAAAAAGGGGAAAAAAAAAGCAGAUAUUGGUGAGAAGAGGAAAAAGAGAGAAGGAAACGCUGUCCCUCAGGAAAAUAGUGAGAGAAAAUCAAUUGGUAGUGUGCAAUGAGCAGUGCAGCCUUACCAAUGAGGCUGUUGUUGCCUUCGACAACGCCUCUUCACUGUUCCUCAGAUUUUCAAUCCAAAUCUUUCAGACUGCAAAACCCUAGUUUCAACCUCUGCUCUUCAUCUCCUUCUCAUUCUCACCAUCCAUGGCCUGUAAGAACUGCGCAUUUUCUCUCCAAACAGAAGGGGCUCUUUUUUCUGUGCUGGUAUAGUGGCAUUGUGGACGUGUGAGAAUAGAUCAAGAUAUGGAUGGUUCUGGUUAUGAAGAAGAGAAAUUGGUCAGCAUGUUUGGUUCUGAUGAAGAUGUGGCAGUACAAAUUCCAACUCAGGUUCAAUCUGUUGUGGAAGGGUCAGGGGAAGUUGCGGUUUCAGAAUUUAAACCUGUUGCUGAUGUUGACUAUCUGCAGGAGUUAUUGGCUAUUCAGCAACAAGGGCCACGAGCUAUUGGGUUUUUUGGGACACGGAAUAUGGGUUUCAUGCAUCAAGAACUCAUUGAGAUUCUUAGCUAUGCAUUGGUUAUAACAAAAAACCAUAUUUAUACCUCAGGUGCCUCUGGUACUAAUGCAGCUGUUAUCAGAGGUGCUUUGAGAGCAGAGAAGCCAGAGCUAUUGACAGUCAUCUUGCCACAAUCGCUGAAAAAGCAACCACCUGAGAGCCAAGAAUUAUUAGCAAAAGUGAAGACUGUGAUAGAGAAGCCUUAUAAUGAUCAUCUACCUCUCAUAGAAGCCAGCAGUUGGCUACGAUGUGUUUGUCAUGACAGUACUUGUCCUAAAUUGUUUGGUCCAUUCAUGAGUUUACUACUUGAACUCUGUUCCAGUUGUCAUAUUUGUGGCCUAGUUAUGUGCUUGACAAUAUUGUUUGGGACCGUAUGGUCUAGUUACUUGCUUGACAGUAUUGCUUGUGACCCUAUUGCCUGGUUAUACAUAUGGUCAUAUGCAGACUGGAAAACUUGCAGCGCUGGUUGCAACUUGCAACAAUUGGUUUCAGUUGAAGGACUUUUAUUGCUAAAUUGUCUGCGGGUUUGCUGAAUAGGUAUGUACAUCUACCUAAUAUUUUCUUUGCCAAAAUUUGCAGGCUUUGUAAUAGGGACAUCAUUUCACAUGUACAGCAAGUUAUUUGCUUUGCCUUCCAUGACAGCAAGCUUCUCAUGGAAACAUGUCAAGAGGCCAAAAAUCUGCGGAAAAUUGUCACCCUCUUUUAUCUGGACUAAAUGAAUUUAUUCAUGUCUAUACAUCUGGUAGAGAGAGAUAGAGAGCUAUUGGUUGUAAAUUAGACAGAUCAAUUUACGUUCUACAUGUAUUUUCAUUGUAACAGUUACAAAGGGGGCCAAUUUGCUCCUUUAUUGAAGAUUGUGGGGGCUCUUAUUGUUUCAUUUUGAAGGAAAUAAUAGAAAAUGAUUUGAGCU